UGACAAGCCGAUUGGCGAAAAGAAAACCUCAAUUGAAUUGCGCCUGGGAAUCACGGGACCCGCAAAUAAAUGCCGUUAAGGGUUCCGCGCUGUCGAAAACCCUCAGAAUAUUCGAAAGGGACCGCCGUUCUUCUGCUCUCUCCACACACCCAACGCACGAAGUCUUCGUCCCCGAUUUCCUCAGAAAUAUCUUCAUUUCGUCCUUCAUUCCACACAUCAGUCGGCCGCCCCACUUGUUUGUUACUCGGCGCUGGGAUUUUCCAAGGCGUCGCCGUCAUUUUGAGAAACCGAAACCUGUCAGUCGCCCCACAACUCCGCUAUGUCUGAGACAGCCGAGAUACUUUUCACGCCAAGUUGGGACAGAGGCUCCUAUACGGGGCUUUUAAUGGAAAUCGCUGAACGGACCAACACACGUAUUCUCACUGGGAGCAUAUCCUAUUCUAUACACGGUGAAACUGAAGCAGUCACUAUAGCUCAAAACGAAAUCUGCGCUAUGCUCGAAGCAGGCGGUGUACAUUCCAAAGAUUUCGGGCUGCCACAAGAGUUCACCGAACGCUUGCUCAUCGAUCAGAAAACGCGGCACGAUUUCAACAGGAAACUCGAAUGCCUAAGCGAUGAGUACGGCGUCACCAGUAAGCUGGACAGCAAAUGCCGGACUGUCCAUGUCUCUGCUCCCACUGCGGUAGAUAUCGGCCCAGUGAUCAGGGGUAUCAGUGUCAUGCAGAUCCCGGAUAGAAAUGGAGAGCCCGUUCCGGUCAAGGCCAUUCCUACUUCGGAGCUCCAUUUCGAUGUAGGUGUUAUGCGACGAGCCAAGGUUUUGUAUCUAACAGCCGGCAGACCCAACUUUAGUAUGGCGGACAGCUUCAAAGAGAAGGCGGAAGACGCGGCGAAAGCACAUGGCGUCACGAUCACAUUCUCGCAGGACAAAACGCAAGCGAUCUUGAAAGGCGAUGCAGACAAAGCUACGGCUGCUGCUGCAAAAAUCCAGGAAAAGUACACCCGAUUCCUUCUCUACAUCGACAGCCAUUCCAGAACAUGGCGAUUUCGCCCGGAAACUAUUGAGGUGGCGGCGAAGGAAGAGAUUGAUCUUCGCGAUCGAGUAGGAGAGGUCUUUGCCACAGAUCCCUUGAUCAAAAGUUGGCACAUUGUGGAGGACGCGAACGCUGUCGAUUUCGUAGACAUCGACUUCAUCUACACGUCCAGAAAUGCAAAGGCUGUGGAUGAAAUGGUCGACCGGCUCAAUGCAAUGCAACAACUCGUGCUGGAUACCGAAACCAAGAACGCGAUCGUCGCCUCAGAGGGUAAAGCCACGGUCAACCACCAAGGCGCUGCGAAUACCCCGCCUUCCAACGGAGUGGCCACCUCAGAAGGCGAGAAUAGCGCUGCGUGCACUGAGGCGAGCAAAGAGACCACUUUUGCGGACGAUAUUUCUAGCAAAAUAGCUGUUCCGGCUGUCGAAAAUCCCGCGUCCGCGACGGUGCAGGCAACUCUGGCCGUCAAUCCCACCAGCGACCAGCCGCCUACCUCUGUGCAAGCCAAGAACAAUGAAAAUACGAAAAAGGACGGCGUUGAGGAGGCUGAUGCAUCGAGCCGUGAUCAGUUGUUCAUUGCUCGACAGUUUCCAGUGCCCGUGAAAAACGCUCUCAAGGACAACAACGAUCUAGCCAGCCAAAUCACUUCCGAGCUCGAGCGUAGCUGCCGCGAGUCCGGCCAUCUUCAAGCCCUAGUAUCCUUCAAACAUGGGGCUGUGUUCAUCAAGGGCAACUCGAGGGAGUCCCUUGACUGGUGUUGGCUCAAUUUGCUGAGGGCCUUGAAAGAGAGUGUUCCAGAAUGCGAUGAACCAUCCGCUUUACAGAACGGCACCAUGGCGCAACCAACCGGUGGCAAGGUGCACAGCAGGCCCACUGCGAAAACCGCUGAGGUUCCGACCGCAUCGGUCGAGAAGGAAGUGGAGAACCCCCCCGUCGCGAACAACGCCAAGAAGGAGGAGGAACCCAAAGUAACCGCCGAAGUCCCUGAGAAAGGCGAUAAUAAACCAGCGGUGAAGGCGACAGCACCUGAUGCCAGCAAUGCCCCGCAGGAGGUUACUACUCGCGAAGAACCGCUCUCCGACAAGGGCCGCUCCGCUUCUACUGGGGGAAGUUCGCCUUUCAUUGAUAUUACUUCUUUGCCGUCGCCUACAUGGGAAGUUCUCGAUGUCGCUAAGGAGGGUGGUGCCAAGGAGGGCGCUGGAGGUGAACAGAAAGAGCCCGCUACUGCUACCGCUGGGACUGAUGGAAAGAACGCAGAUGGCAUAGGAAAGAAAGAAGCUGUUGCGGCACCUGUAGCCGGUGACGUGGAUGUGGCUAAGACCCAAGACCAAACCACAGCGCCCCGGCAAAAAGAUGUACAAGCCGUUGCUGCAGAACUCAUACCUCAGUUCGCCAACGCUGGCAUGCCGCUUCAUACAGCUGCACAGUUCCCGCAAGCUGCAGAACCUACUCCUCAGCACACACAGGCUGAGGGAGUGCAUGCAUAUGGAUUGUUCAACCCCAUCCCCAGUGCCCUGAUGUCACCGACGCUCCCGCCAAUGAUGAGCCCCUUCGGAUCCUUCGCACACCCCGGGUUCGGCACACUCAGCCCACACCCUCAAAUGCAAGCAACUGCCCCCGGGGGCAUGCCAGGCCCUCUCGGACCUCAAUACACAGCUCAACCAAGUGCGUUCCCCGGGUUCAACGCGCAGAACCAGCCCCCCCAUAUGCAAACACCCGCCGCCGGAAGCAUCCCAGGCCCUCUCGGACCCCAAUCCACGGCUCAACAAAGUGCGUUCCCCGGAUUCCCCGCCGCCCAAAGCCAACCACCCCAGCCACAAGCAAGCAGACCGGCCUCCUUCUGGCCGCCUCAACACGCGCAAAUGGCUCCGAACCCAAUGAUGAUGAUGGGAAUGCCCGGCAUGGGCGCCCCUUACAGCCAUAUGCCGCCCGGAUGGCCCUACCACCAACAGCACUACCAAGCACCCUGGGGAGCCGCUUUCCCCCCGCAAGCGUACCCGCAAUGGAACCCUUGGGGCGGCCAGCAGCAGCCGUUCUACCCUCACCAACAGAUGCCCGCGACGAGUGCGCCGCAGGGGAUGGGGAUGGGGAUGGAUAUCACUGGUCUUGCGCAAGGUGCGCCGGGUAUGUCUGCUGAACAGCCCGAGCACCCGAUCGGGAAGGGUGGACAGGAGCCCGGUAAACAGAUCCCUGCUGCUGAGCAGCCCCCGAAAUCGGUCAUGGAGAGGUUGAAGGAUGAUGAGGCGAGGUUGAUGAGGAUGGGGCAGGGGCGGGGCUGAGAAGAGUGGUUGCUGAUCCUGUUCCACGUCGGCAGGGUGAUGCGUGAUUAGGAGGGUCAUUUUGUGGAUCCCACGACGACAACAAGCAAUGAUGAGGUUCAUGAGUGAUGUGGUUCUCGGGGCGUAUUAUCCAUAGUCAGUUGCGUAGCGAUAUCAUGAUGGAACGGGCAGUACCAAGGACCGUCUUGCAGAGAAACCGAAAGGCGUAGCAUACGGGUGGACGGUGCCUUUUCUAUACCCACAUAGAUCUUCUUUUCUCUCUUUAUGAUAUGAAUGUGAU